AUGGAUGUCCCGCAAGAAGUCGCUGGACAACACUACACCCAACGCUUCUGUUCAGCUGUCCUGCUCUCGUCUUCCCAGCAUGCCUCCGCAAGGCGGAUCCACCAAGGCUCAUUCUACCAUGACGACCCAGAGGACCCGCAGGUGCCGGUACCGGAGCAAGUGGUCGUCGCAGGCGAGGCGACUAAUGCCCCUGCAACCAUCACGGCUGGUGUCGCUCCCGUGGCUUCAACAUCCGUGCCGGUUCCUGGCGCUUCCGCGUCGGUCGCUGAAUCCCGUCGCCCGGAGCUUCCUGCGGGGGUGUUGGAUGAGGAAGAAGAAGACGAUGGGUAUCUGAGCGAUGACUCUGACGAAGGGAUUGAUAUGCAAGUGAAAGGCCUUCUCUCAUCCAAGACGCGUGUCAUGCUGAUUCUCCUCAUUCCUCAUGACCUGGCUAAGGAAGUCCAUGCGGCGAAGAAAUUGGUGCGCGCUCUCCUGGUGUUCUUGAGGAAGAAGCUGUUGGAUGAUGCGCUCUCGUUUCAGGAGCUGCUUUCGACGUACCUGUCACGGACCCGCUUCAGCCGUCUGCAGGCCACCUUCGCUUUGACCGCGGAUGCGGAGGUGGUCCGGCAGCAUCAGGUGGACCAUGUGGGUGCGGACGGCAAGACACGUUACACCUUCGGCUGGAAGCAUCCGAUCGACAUCAGUUUCCUGAAGGCGAAGGUUGACAUGCCAGAAGGGGUGGACGUGCUUCUUAAGGGAGUGCUUGCAGAGAUCACGCCGACGAUCGUCUAUGAGUCGCUGAUGGUCGCGAAGCUUCACAAGCGUGGGAGGUUGGUGUUCCUGCACGGCGCGGGUUUCCACCGUGUGAUGGAUCCGGUCACUAGUCUGGGCACGGACAAGAUCCGCGGACUGGUGGUCCCGCAUCCUGGUGACACGUACCGCUGGCGACACAUGAUGGAGGACCUUCUGAUCGACAAGAAGCGACAGGGGUGGUCAGCGCGGGUUUUGAUCUCGACUGAGUCCAGCGCGGAGGAUUGGUUGUGUGUUCAGAAGUGUUGCGACCGCGUGCAUGGGGAGACCUUCGAGCAGGCGGCCACGCAUAUCGGCUCCUUUCGCCAUGCAUAUGCGGUGGGAGCGGCAGGGGUGGCAACUCGUGCAAUCAAAGCAAAGCAGAGCCUGCAGGCGGUGAAGAGGUUGUUCCGUAUCCGCGCAAAGGCGGUAAAGGCGAAGUGA